AUGAUGGGAAGUCACAACAUUACUGAGAUCGUCAGUGACUUAACAAAGGCAGAGCCAGUUGCCAUAGUUCCUGCAAAUACACUGAAGGCAAAUAUUCAAAAGCAGACAUGGCCACAAAUUAUGGAUGUGGUAUGCAAACUGCCUGACCAUAUUUUGGAUAUGAUACACCAAGCUGUGGAGAAAAAAGAUGAGGAACAUGAGGUGGAACAUGAGGAAAAAGCUGAGAGGAAAAGGAUUACCAACAAACUUCAAUGCAAAGCACAGAAGAGUGUUGAAGAAGUUCAUUUUGAAGAGCACAAUGAUGGCAUCAAUGAGCACAAUUAUUCAAAGUAUCUGGGAUUACCAUCAGAAGAAGAGAUUAAAAAGUGCUUCAAAGCAUACAUAUCAGGGACAUCAAAUGAAGCUCUUGCAAUGUCAGUUUGCAUUGUCUGUGCUCAGGAGUUGAUGAGCUCUGAAGGCAACAUGCAUCAUCUGUGUAGGAUACCAAACAUCAGGCAGUGGCUUUCUGUAUCAACAGAAACUUUACCUGCAGUAGCGACAUUGUGGGAGGGAUUAUUGUUGCUUGAAGGACAUAUGAUCAAAGGCCAAUUCUUACCACAACUGGUCACUUCUCUGGCAUCAGUGCUCACAUCCCACAAUCCACUCUAUGCUGAUAUCCAAAUCUCAGAGGCACAACUUGCACAUCUCCCAGAGGAUGAUGUCCCUCAAGAGAUAAUUUCUGUUGUCUGUCACAAGGCCAAUGAUGAUGUUGCGACACAAGAGAGCAAAGGAUAUGUGCCUACAGAUGAUGAGAUUAGAAAUGAUGAAGAUAUCUCCAAUGUGGAGAAUGACUCAGAAGGAUAUAGUUUGGAAGAAGAUAGCAGCAAUAGUCAUGAUGCACAAAUUAUUCCAUUGAAGUUCUUAGGCGUUACAGACACAGAACUCAGUACACUGCUGUUGAACAAUUUGAUGAAACAUGUGCUAAUGAAUCUUGAUGAUGGCAUUACUGACAAUGAAGGAGGCUAUGCUGUCUGCCAUAGUCAUCACCCUGUAUUGGAUUUUGGGCGCAAUCAAGCAGGAGGAGAAGACUUGCGUAGGAUGAAUCCACUUGCUGUGACAUAUCCCAAAUUGUUUCCUUUUGGUGUUGGUGGAAUUGAGGAUACACAUGGAAAAUUACUUGGUUUUGAUGAACAUCGCUUUCGAACUCACCAUUCAUUCCCAUUUGUCAUUUUUGGCAUGGAGCAGAAGCACAAAGCAUUGCAAUCAGCUCGAAUUCAGAUGUGUCGCAAGGAUUUUGAAUGUGAUGGAUAUAUCAUCAAUUCCAUUACUGUUUCUGACCUUAAACAAGUGGAGAAAGAAGAGGCAGAACACAGAAAGAUCUCCAAUCCUUGGGUUCAACUUCUUCAGAAACACAUGUUUGCAGUGUCUAGAUGUGUCAUGGGAUCUGACAAUUAUCAAGGUCAAUAUUGGCCCAAGUCUUUGGAUAACAAUCAAUCCCAGUUUUUGCUGGGGAGCAGAUUGACAUGGAUAGAUUUUUCCAUGAUGCUGGACCAGAUAGCAAUCACAGGGCUCAAAAUAUUGCAAGAGAUCCUUUUGCCGCCACAAAGCAGUACUUUCAAUGCUUUUCAAAUUGAAGUCAAAGGAAACAGGGUGCAUAGUGGGAUGGGGAUGCUUGGUCAUGUCAGCGGGUAUUUUGGCAUUGUUGAAGCUCAAGGAAGAGGGACACUGCACAUGCACAUGAUGAUUUGGCUUCGUCAUAUGCCAAAUAUGCAUGACAUGCAUGCUCAGUUGCAGAAUGAGGAAUUUCAUACAAAAAUCAAGGAGUAUAUUCAGCAGAAUAUUCGAGCUCACGUUGAAGGAUUGGAUGAAGAAACAAUUCAAAUGAUGCUGAAAGAGAGCAACUUGCCAUAUUCACGACCCCCAGAUCCUGAUUCUAGCAAUUGGAGUAUCAAAAACCAAGCAGUUGAAUGA